AUGGUCCUACUCCUCCGAUUUACAGUCCUUUUUGUUGCUGUUGUUUUUGCAAGUACAUUACAGAUAGGACUAGAGGCUAACUGGACAGAAGCACCUUUUGCGCUACAGCUAAUUGAGUCUGUCGCUGAAUUUGAUGAAUCACUUUACAUUGGCGCAGCAAAAGCAUUAUUCCGAGGAGAGGAAGACAACAGCGAUUUCGACGACGUCGAUGAUGAAGAAGAUGACGAACAUACAGGGAACUCAAAUGAAGUACCAGAUGGGCCCAAAUCUGAUCGUGAAAAUUACGAGCUGGUCGCGAAGGUUCUUUCUGAAACUCAGCUAGGGCUAGUGAACUUGCAUUUGGUGAAUAAACUAGCGUCUCCUAGAAUCCAAGCCCAUUAUGAUUUUUUCAAUAAUGAGUUUGACUCUGAAGCUUUGAAGACUAUUGAGAAAAAAUGUGCCACGGACCUGUUUGGCGAGCCCUUGAUAGAUCCUUUGAAAGCAUGGGUGAAAUACGGAAACAAAUACUACUGCUCCGAAAGCGAUUUGUUCGCUUUACAAACAGACACGUUCUCCGAAAGCGUGAUGCAGUUUGACAGAGUGAUUGGGUCCGAUGAAUCGAAACCUCUUCUCGUUCUUUAUGGAGAUCCUAGUUGCCUGCGAUUUGCUGGCAUGUUCCAUACUUUAAUGCUGUUCGCUGAAUCUGGGUCCAUCAGAUUUGUCUGGAGAUAUGUUCCCUCAUCGUUUGGCGCAAGCAAAAUUCCAGGGUUUGGCGUUACAAUCACUUCCAAAAGCAAGUCUAACAAGAAUGCCCCUCAAGUGGAGGGUGAUAUUCUAAAAGCCUUAAUCAAGAUCAAGAAAGAUGGUCGUGAACUUUUUGAUUUGGAAGACGAUAAAUUGUCGACUCUCUCAAUCAAUAUAGUUUCUCUUGUUCUUCAACAACUGGACCCGGUUUCUCAGCUAGCCCUUCUCAAAGAGAUUUUGCACAAUUUGCCCCUCUACGGCCCUUAUUUGGGUAAUGUGGAAGCAUCUGAGUCGUCAAGAAGAGUUGAAAAACACGCUUUGGCAAAUGAAAAGAAAGGUGCAGCGUACGAAUCUGUGGGGUUGUACAUAAAUGGUGCUGCUACUCAUCGCUUGCAAACGGACUUACCCAACAUCAUCGAUAAGCUAGCCCAAGAGGUGUCUACGAUGGAAGAAUUUAGAUCUUACGGCUUCAAUAUGGAACAAAGCAAGUUGCUUCUUUCAAAGUUUGCUCUUUUGAGCGCAUUCAAGGAAAGCGAGUUCAAAAGUGGUUCCAUGUCAAAUAGGUACUCUCUUUACAACGACGUUUUUGUUCCUUUCGAUAAGGAUUCCGGGGGUGUUGUGUUUUUCAACGACAUUGAGAAAGAUGAGUCGUAUCAAAUGAUAUCUACAGACAGAAAGGAUAUGUAUACUGGCAGUGGUGCCUCCCAGCUUCGUGUGAGUCAGAUUCCACCGUUGAGGGAAAAUGUUCAUGACUUGAUAUUUGUGAUGAACUUCUCAAACAAACACCAGUUGAAGGUAUUUUUUACCAUGGCUAAGAUCAUCUUGGAUAGAGGCAUUGCUCAACAGAUUGGUGUUUUACCUCUUAUGGAAAGCGACAAGGACCAAUACAUCGCUGAUCUUUUUUACCAUAUUUUGGAGGUCGGAGAAGUAAAGGAAGCGAUGGCAUUCUUGUAUAAAUACUACGAAUCCAAGGAGGAAGAAGAGAACGAAUUGUUCUCUAAGAUCAAAAUGCCUCCUGAGUUAUUGGGUCUGUACACCCAAUACAAAAGGUGCAUUGAGGAUUUUUCAUUGACAGAGGCCUCCGUUGUCAUAAAUGGUGUGAUUCAUAGUAUGAGAUCAAACUGGAGAAAUGCUUUGGGCCACCAAAUUACCCACGAUGUGAAACUCUUACAGAAAAGUAUCCGAGAGGGUCUGGAUAAAGACAAGUCUUUGAAGAGUGUUUUGUAUUCGGACUCCAAACUGUCUAGAAACACCCACGUUGUGCCUUUGGAUCCAGCAAAUAUUCGCUACAAGAAAGUUACUAAGGAGAUGAUAGACAGUUCUCACGCCUUUGUUAAAGAGAAAGACAGUAACGACAUAUCAUUAACUUUUUGGCUCAUUGGGGAAUUUAACCUCCCAAUUAUUCGUCAGCAGUUCAUCAAUUUGUUGAAAUUUAUGGAUUUAUACAAUGAUAAAUCAAUCCAGAUCAGAGUAUUUGAUACUUCCAAAAACCAAAAGCAUCUUAAUGGUAUUUUUGAGAGCUAUGCUAACAAAUCCUUAAAAUCGGAUGACAUUGCUCAAAUUAUAUCGAUGGUAAAAGCGGGAAAAGCACCACAUGGUGAAAAAGAUGCAGAGAAAAUGGCAAUAUUGGAAAGAAAUCAUAUUCAACUGCAUCUGCCAAUGAUGUUGUUGAACUCUCGCUAUCUAAGCUUAACCCAAGAGUUUACCAUUAAGGAUAUUGAAGAACUAUUGGAAUACGAAUUCAAACAAAGAUUAGGGAUAUUCAAAGAGAUCACUGAUGCAUACCCAGACCAGUUUCUGUGGAAGCCAAUAAUGCAUUUCAGAAAGGGAAACUUAAACCAUCUAGAUUGGUUCGAUCUUGUAUCAUCAACGCUUAGCAACUCCUUUUUUGUCGAGGACGUCUUGCAGCUCUCCGAUGUGUCCAGAUUUGACUUUUCUUCUUUAAAUUUCGCAAACUCUAUCGACGUGACUGGAUACUCAAAAGAAAAACCGAUUGAUCUAUUAGCCAUAGUCGACCCUGCGGAUGAAUUCUCCCAAAAGCUUGUGUCCAUUUUCUCCUCCUUAUCUGACUUGUCCUUCGUAAACGCUAGAAUUUUGCUACAACCACUUUCAGAAUCCAAGACUCCGAAUGAUUUGUCACGUUUCUAUGUUGACGGAUUUCAAAGUCUGCAACCAAAGUUUGAUGCCAAUGGACGGUACAUCGAAUUUUCCUCUUGCAAUUUUGAAUCUGCCGUUGACGAUACUGAAAUGUGCAUUGAAAUUGAUGCUCCACUGAAUUGGUACAUUAUUCAAGGAAAGAAUUCUGACCUAUACGACUUCACCAAGUUCACUAUGGUAGGAGAUACUGACUUGGGUUUCACACUUUCAAAAUUGGUUGUGGAAGGGUAUGUGAGAGAUGUAACUACAGCAAAAUCUAUUCCGGGCCUCAUCUUAGAGGCUUCAAAGGGUACAACAUCCCAGGAUGCAUUCACAAUGCAAACCAUGGGCUAUUCUCAAUUCCGUUUAGACCCUGGAGCUUGGACUCUUCAAGUAAGAAGUGUUGAAGAUGAAGAGCCAUCGUACGAUCUUCUUUCGGCAAGCGAGAACAAAUAUGACAAAAAUGACUGCUUAAGCGAUUCAGUACCUCUUCUCGUGAAAUCCUUGAAAAGACAUCACAUAUACCCAAGAAUGAAAAGAACUGAGACGCACACACUGCAUCUUCGUGCAGCUAAAGAACAGGCAGACAUUAACGUUUUCAGCAUUGCUAGUGGUCACCUAUACGAACAACUUAUGUCCACGAUGAUGUUAUCUGUGGUGAAGAACACGGGCAAACUGGUAAAGUUUUGGUUGAUUGAAAACUUCUUGAGCCAUGGUUUCAGGGAAAGAGUGCCUGGGCUUGCAGAGAAAUAUGGUUUUGAAUACGAAUAUGUGGGAUAUCAAUGGCCUGCUUGGCUCCGCCAACAAAAGCAAUUACAUCGCAAAGUCUGGGGUUACAAAAUGUUAUUUUUGGAUACUCUUUUUCCAGCAGAUCUUGACAAAGUUAUUUUUGUCGACGCCGACCAGAUUGCCAGAACAGAUUUGAAAGAGUUGGUUAACAUUGACCUUGAGGGCGCGCCGUACGGUUUUGCACCCAUGUGCGAUUCCAGGAAAGAAAUGGAAGGAUAUCAGUUCUGGAAGAAUGGAUACUGGCCUACAGUAUUAAAAGAUGACUUGAAGUACCACAUCAGCGCUCUUUAUGUUGUGGACUUGCGAAGACUUCGCGAGACUUUGGUAGGAGACAAGUUGAGAUCUCACUACCAAAAACUUUCUGCAGACCCUAACUCAUUGUCAAAUCUCGAUCAGGACCUUCCCAAUAACUUACAGAGACAAGUUCCGAUCCAUACAUUGCCACAAGAGUGGCUCUGGUGCGAAACGUGGUGUUCAGACGAGCUGAAGUCAAGUGCUAAAAUGAUUGACAUGUGCAACAACCCAAAGACACACGAAGGAAAAAUAGAGCAAGCGAAGCGCGUGAUACUGGAGUGGGAGGAUUACUACAACGAAAUCAGCCAAACAGAGGAAAGCUUACGUGUUCACGACGAACUUUAA